UUGGUAGAACUUCCACUCCCUGACUUGACUUUCUUUCUCCUCAGUGCUAAAGGGAUACGUAUAUAUUUGAUUACCUUUAGGAUGGUGCAGGCUCAACUCUUCUCUCUCUUCUCUGUCAUUACAGGCACCUUCUCACAACCAUGGUCCAUGACAGUUCCCCCUGUAGUGAACAGCACCAUAGGAGGAGAUGUGGUCCUACCCUGCUCCUUCACCCACCCCAAGCAACAAGACUACUCCAAAGGCAUCACAGUUCAGUGGAUCACCAGACAAUUCCAUGAUACGCCCUUCUUCCAAUGCAAGGUGAAAAAUGUUACUACGGGUGGAAUGAAUGAAUGCUCAGUUCCAGAGUCAUACCAACGCUUCUCAGUCAAAGGAGACCCUAAGCAGAGGGAUCUCUCUCUCCUCAUCAGAGAUCUGGUGGUCACAGACAAUGGAGUAUACUUCUGCAGAGUAGAGCUGGACCCUUACUGGGGUGAUGGGAAGUGGCAGACUGCCAGCGGCACACAGCUCAAUAUCAUUGCUAAGGCCCAGAUUCUCAGCCUGUCUUGGGUAGAGGCGUCCCUCGGACCAGGCAACGGGAGCCUCAGGUGUGUAGUUGAGGGGAACCCCCCAUCCACCAUCACCUGGUUCUCCUCCUCUAAGGGCAACAUAGACCCAGGUGUCAGCACCAUAGGAACCCACCCAUUUCAGUGGAUCAGUUCAAUCCCCUACUUCACCCAGGAAGUGUACACCUGCAGGGCAGAGAACAGCCUGGGGAGGGCAGAGAGACUGUUCCCCCCUGGACCCACUGCGCUGACCGUAGCCCUCUCUGUGUGUGGGGUCCUGCUUCUGCUGCUGCUCCUUGGCGUGGCUUUAUUUUACCUGAGAAAAAGAGGAUACCUGAGAUUCUGCAAUUCAGAAAAGAUUAAGCAGCAAUCUGUGUUGUGCACAGAUCCUGCUAUAGCUAUGGUCAGUGAAUCCUCUAUCUACGCCAAUGUCUCAGAAAUGGAAAGCCCACAGUCAUUGUAUAAACAUAAUUCACCAGAAGAUGGCGACAUGGAGCUAAAUCUGGUAUACUCAGACGUUCAACUGAACACCACCACUCAAUCACCCCAAAGAAGCUCUCGUGUCCCCAUACCAGAUGAAGGUGUCCACUAUGCUAUUGUGAAGCUAGGGUGAACUGCCGAGGCACAGCAGAGAGAAUGUAGCUCUGGAGGUCUGUCAUAAUGAAACUGACCUCCCUCAUUCUGACAGACAUUUUUCAAAAGUAAUCAACGAGAGUUUAGCAGUCAAUCUUAUUGAAAUUGUUCACAACAUUGGGGCAACUUGGUAGAUUCCGUUUUUAUAUUGUUAUUCUUAUGGAGGUGCAAUUACAUAAUUGCCCUACAAGUGUUAUUGUAACUGUAGUGUUAUUGUAACUGUAGUGUUAUUGUAACUGUAGUGUUAUUGUAACUGUAGUGUUAUUGUAACUGUAGUUUUAUUGU